AUGCGCCGUGGUGCCCACCGCCGUGACCACCACGGCAUGCCGGUGGAGCAGGAACAUCUGGUGCUCGAGGGCCAGCGAGGAAGCAACGACCUGGUGGCUGUUGCGGGGGCGGCGGCUGUGGUCGAUGAGGGCUGCGGGCUCCAAGGCGGGGCGUGCGUCGACCGGAUGGGCCGGCCGCAGGAGCGGGGGCGCUGGGAAGAUCAGGCGCUCAUGGACCGGCCGGUGCUGGGCACUCUGCCGCACGCCUCCCUUGUUUACGGCCUUGUUUCAUGGAUUCUUAGGGCACUCGCGGCCGUAGUGCCCUUGGUGUUUUCAGAUAAUGCAGCGCAGUGGAUCUCGGCAGUCGAUUCUAUGGUGCUCAGUGCUAAGGAAAUGGCGGAUGAGGAGUUAACUGAUAUCAUGGUAGACAUGGAGUUCGGAGAACUGAUGAAAGACUGGAUAGAAGAUUGGUCAGAUGAUGAAAAUUCAGAUCAUGGAGAUCGGUCAGAGAAUGGGAAUGAAUGGGACGAUAUUAACAUGGGUGAGCUUGAUGAUGGUCAGGAAAACAACUCGGAGCUCUCGAAUGAAGAUUACAUUAGUCAGGUGACACAAGAUGAUGGGGCACAUUAUGUCCAAGAUACUGCCAGUGCAGAUGAUAAGAGGGAUAUGUUCAUGCAGAUAAUGGAAAUGACUUUUAUGUCUCACGAUGCUGCGUAUGAUUUCUACAACAGCUAUGCUAGAGAUAAUGGUUUCAGCAUUAGAAAGAAUAAGGUCAGGGAGAAGAGGAAGCUGCUUUCAAAAGGUGAUGCUACCACAGCCAUAGGCAUCAUGGCCAGUAGAAAACAGAGGGAUCCUAGCUUCUUUUUCGAGUACAAGCUAGAUAAGGAAGGACAUUUGAAUAGGAUGCUCUGGUGCGACUCCCAGUCUCGUCAUGAUUAUGAGGAAUUCAGCGACGUGCUUGUAUUUGACAGCACGUACAAGAUGAACCGCUAUGGUAUGCCAUUCAUACCUUUUGUUGGUCUUAACAAUCACCGGAAGACCACUAUUUUUGGAUGUGCCAUAGUUUCGGACCAGACCGAAGAGACAUACGUGUGGCUGCUGCAGACUUUUUUGAGGUCCAUGUGUCAAAAGAUGCCGAAGAGUGUAAUCACGGACGCCGACGCUGCGAUGAUCAAGGCAAUUCGCGAAGUCUUGCCAGAUGUGUGGCACCGUAUAUGCACGUGGCAUAUAGAAAAAAAUAUGAAGAUUCACCUCAGUCACAAGUCCUUGAAGGAGUUCCGAACUCUUCUAUACUACAGCACGUCCACAGCCACGUUUGAGGAGAGAUGGCACGCGUUUUCCAAAAGAUGGCAGUCUGAAAAACUGUAA